AUACUCUUCGAAAAAAAUGAUGUUUCGAAUAAAACAUAAAUUUCUCGUCGUGUGCUUAGUGGCAUCUUUCUUGAUGGUCCAUUCUUUUAAAUUCGCUAAACGUCAACGUUUAAGUGCACUGGGAUGUUUAGGUCAGAACAAUCGUUCCAUAUUUUUUGAACUUCUUAAAAUAUGUGAAGAUUGUCAACGACUGUACUUGAGUUAUCCGGAAGUAGAAGGUUCUUGCAGAAAAAAUUGUUUUACAACUAGUACUUUCGAGGAUUGUAUGACAGCUCUAAUGCUCUCUGAAAAUGAAAAGUCCAGAUAUAAAAUGAAAGCACAAUAUUUAUAUUCUUGAAUGAAUCAAUGCAAAUUUAAUUAACUAUAAUCGAAUAUUGAACGUAUUAUGUAUUUUAUGAUUCCAUGUUAUAAUUAUUAAAGUCAUAAAAAAAUUC